UCUAAAAUAACGACAUCAAAACUGAUGAUUGCGUGAAUACGAAGCGGCACUUUCGCAAAAUUCCGAUUAGGGGUUUUGAAUAUCUGCAAAAUUUUGUUCAAAAUGCAAUUGACCCUUGAGUUUGGUGGAGGCUUAGAACUUUUAUGUGAGUCUGUUAAAGUUCAUAAUGUGAACGUUGAUCUGCCAAAAGGAGCAGAAAAGUUAACCAUGAGAGAUUUGCUGUCCUGGGUUCGUACCAAUUUGAUCAAGGAAAGACCUGAAAUGUUCAUGAAAGGGGAGUCUGUGAGACCAGGUGUUCUUGUUCUAGUAAAUGAUUGUGAUUGGGAGUUGAGUGGCCAGCUUGAUACAACCUUGGAAGAGAAGGAUGUUGUAGUUUUUAUUUCAACUUUGCAUGGUGGGUAGUAUGAGCAUCUAGGUGAUUGUUAGUUUCUAUAUCUCUUAUAAACAAUCAUGAUGAGGACCAUAUUAGUGUUUGACGGUGAUUUUGCCGUUGAACUUCAUUAUUGAAGAUGUUAUAUGGAAAUGCAAUGAAAUUUUUAGCGUUUAACUCUCA